AUGGCAACAACUUCUUCCAAACCGACAGACCACUAUUGGGACUGGGAUCCAAGUCUUCUUUCAUGUGACACACUGCCAAGUCCCCGGCAUGACCUUGGCUCCCUCAUAUCUGAUACGACGUCCAUCAUUGAGACUGGAACCGAAUUCUACGACCGUAGUGUGACAAGUCGCAGAUAUGCCCUCGUUGGAAUGGUGUGUUCUGGGGUCGUCAGUUGCUGUUGCAUCAUUGCAGGCAUUUUCAUCAUGGCCACUGACAAAGAAGGCGGCAUGAUGGCUGAAAUAACCGUAAUACUAAGCAGCAACCUGCAGAAAGAGAUGAUAACCCUGGGGCUAAACUUGAUUGUCACUUUAUGUACCGAAUCCACUGGGUUCGUACAUGGCAUCUCACUGCGCUCUGCGCUAGCCUCAGAAUCUCGGCUCCGCUUCAACUCUAAUCUGCGUCUUCUGAAUGCAGCUCGUGGAUGGAGAAACCCCAAUGGAGCGCUGUCCAAUGGCAUCAUGGCCAUCCUCCUUAUUAUAUCCUACAGCUCAGCCUCGCUCGUUACAUUAACUGAGUCCUGGAUGGAGAUAAUUGGAUCAUCUGACAACGGUUACGAAGUAGAUCAAAUUUUCACGGUCUAUUCCACUAGCAUAUUAGGGUUGCCUCUCCUGCUGUUGGGCGUCGCGCUCUUUCUCCAGGUGGUGAUCGCCUGGUCAGCUAUACGGGCUGUCAAAAUAUUGACGUGGAGCUCCUCAGCUUUCGACUUAACCGCCGCUCUGGUCCACCACACACAAUUGAUCCCGGUUCCUUUCCGGUGCAUGCGUGCGGUAUCCAACCUGGAUGUGCACGGAGGUCCUGCGAAGCCGUCGGACAAACAGCCCUCGGCGUGGCAUGCUCACCCUAGCAUCCGGAAAGUUAUCAGGUCUCUUUGGGGCCUCGUUUUAGCAUGUGCUGUGUGGGCUACGCUAGCCAUGUACUUCUACAAUAAGUAUAAAAGCAGCUCCUCCAGCAUGAUAACCUUAAAAUCGUGGUCGUUCUUCCCCAGCAAUCAAUUCUCUUAUGCGGCUAUCUACGGGAUGCCGCUUUCUGGGAAUGGACCAUGGUGGAUUUUGUACCUUGCCAAUGUGGCAGUUUUCCAAGGACCAUUGACACUUGGGCUGCAUUGCUCGGAGCUCAUUGUGGAUGUCAUUCGGGAUGAAAGACACUGGAGAUGCGCUAGUGGAACAAAAGGGCUCAAGUCGACGACGAACCCGUUGAAGUCGGUUUUCGCCAAUCCGCUCUGUCUUAUACUUUUCGUCGUGAAACCUGUGCUACAUUGGAUGUUUGGGCUUGCAUUCACAACGUAUCCCGGCCUCUAUUUAGGGACACGCGGAAUCGCGUUCUAUAUGUAUACAAUUCAGAUCUGGAACUUGUGCAUAGUAUUACUCAUAUUUGCCUGUUGCUGUACCCUCGUCUCAUUACGCCGACCGCACGGCCCCCAGCCAGCUGCAUACGGCCACCUCCAGACACUUGCAAACCUCGUAGAUGAGUGGUCGCCUGUGAUGUGGUGGGGUCACAAGGAGGACGGAAUUCCAUACUGUCAUGCUGGGACGAGUGAUCACUCGCUGCCGGCCGUGAAGAUGGACUGCAUUUAUGCUGGCUCCGGGUCUAAUCGAUGA